UGUAGUAAUUGAACAAAGAGUUGAUAAAUAUAAAUAGAAGAGAAAAUAGAAGAAGAGAGCUGUGUUUUAAGAGUGAAAACUGACGGGAGAAGAGAAGAAAAAGGGGAGGAAGAAGAAGAGAAAAGAGGGAAAGAUAAGUAAAAGAGAAGAGAAUUGGGGGAAAUAAGUUUAAAGGUUCUCCUAACGAUCCUCAAUAGGAUUUUCGGGUCUUUCGUCUGACAUUCCUUUUAGUUCUAUAUUUUCCGGGUUCUUAGUUUCUGAUAGCAGGUGAACUUUGUUGAGUGUUCCUGCUUCUUCAGUUUUGGGUCAGUAUGCCUUGCUUAUCUUUCAAGGCUGUUUGAUUCGAUGUCUUAGGCGCUCCACUAUUACCUUGUUUUAAUUAAGUUUGGAUUUUGACAAUGUAAUGAGUAUUAUGGAUUAUUAUUUUUGUUUUAAUUACUGAUGAGGAGUUUUAAACUAUCUUUUGGUUUCAUCAGUUUUGAAUAAUAUAAGAUUUCUGAAGAUUAUGAAAUGCUGCGUAUUUUUGAAUAAAUUAUUCUUUUGAUAUGUCCGUUUUGAGGCUUAGCGCGGGCGGGGUGUCCUUCCGGCACCGCUCCUGCGUUGCCGGUCAUGGACCCGGGAUUCGGGUCGUGACAAAGGUGGUAUCAGAGCCCGGUUUUUAUUAAAACCUCGUAAUCUAUUUUAUUCAUUUUUAUUUUUUUCAAAACCCUCGUAAUAUGUGGAGCUUAGGAUCUAUCUUGUCUUGAUGUCAGUCCUCUUAUAAUUCUCCAAUCUAGUGUUUGGUGUGUCCUCCUUAAAACUCCUUUAUAGUUAUGUUGAUACAUAUAUGUAAAUGCAUUCUUUUAGGAAAUAUGCCGAGAGCUAAGCAUGUAGUUAAUGCCGAAUAUGUCGGUAAUGAUCAAGAGGACAUUCCUAUCGCUCAGCUUAGGAAGGAGAGGCGCAAAAAGAGGGUUAGAACCCCUUCGCCUUAACCAAUGGAAGCAGAAGUUCAGGAUGAGGUGGAGUUUGAGGGAGACUAUGGUCUGGAUGUUGGUAAGAAUCAGGAGCAGGAAUCCCAUGAUAGGGUGUCUUAUACUGACAGUGCUUUGGAUAAGAUUGGACAGGCCAUGCAGACCCUGGCUGACCUUUUAACUGAGAGAGAGAAGGAGAAGGAUAAGAAUGCAUCUUCGACUUCCCAUACCGUGCAUGGGGUGAAAGUACCAUUGUCAGAGUUCCUUAAGCUGGCACCUCCUACUUUUAAGGGUGUUGAUAACUCUGAGGACCCACAACAGUUUUUGGAUGCAGUGUGGCGUAGGUGUGAGGCCAUGGGGUGCACGGAUCAUCGUGCAGUGACUUUGGCAUCUUUCAGGCUAGAAGGAGAGGUGGCUGUGAACUGGUAUGAGUCCAAGAGGGGUGAAAGGGCAGUUAGUUCGCCACCGAUGGAGUGGAAGGAAUUUUCUGAGAUGUUUUUGGAACGUUUUCUACCUGAAAGUGUAAGGGAAGCCAGAUCAUAUGAGUUUGAAAAGUUGGUUCAGGGUGACUUGAGUGUGACAGAGUAUGAAGUGGAAUUCACACGGUUGUCCAGAUUUGCUGGGUAUUUGGUACCGACUGAGGAGAGGAAGAUUAAGAGGUUUGUUCGAGGUCUUAAUAGCUACUUAUUCAAAGCUAUUGGGGCUCAUGAGUUUAAGACGUACUCAGCCAUAGUGGAUCGUGCCCGAGCUAUUGAGGCACGAGAGUUAGAGGAUGAAUUAUCAGUGGGUUCGGUUAAGAGGCCCAAAGUGGCAAAUCAGUUCUCUUUUCAGCAGCGGUCUGAUACAGGUCCUAGCAGGGGACAUGGGGGCCGGCAGGGCCAAUUAAGUCAGUCAAGGAAUUUCUUGUCGAGGUCCAUUAUCAGAGGAAACAAUAGACAUAGCAUGAGUGGAGCUGGUCCGACUCAGAGCCGAGGUACUGUUCAGUUAACACCACAAGGUUCAGAUGGGAGGCCUCAAUGUCAGUCUUGUGGGUCUAGGCAUUAUGGCACAGUCUGUUAUAGGCAGACAGGAGCUUGUUUCGGUUGCGGGCAGACUGAUCACUUGUUAAGGGAUUGUCCGAACAAGCGGUGGUCCAAGCCUGGUGCUUCUGUACUGAUUACAUCUUCCACUCAGACUCAGUCAGCUAGCCAUUCUGUGUUUCAGGGUGGUCGUGGAGCUGGUGGGCGUGGCCAGCGGGGCCGUGAAGUAGGCGGUAGAGGUUUUGCGCCAACAAGUCAGAGCCAGGCACGAGUUUUUGCCAUUACUCAGCAUGAUGCCCAGACAUCCAAUACUGUUUACUAA